GGCCACCAUCAGAUGGCAGGACAGUUCAUUGGAGACAUUUCAGCUACAAACGCAGUGAAUGUACACACUGAAUGGUUAGUGUGAAUAUGGAGAGUGAAGGACAGAGAGACCAGCAGAGGAACCUAAAAUCCAGCACCAGCAGUGAGCUACUGAAGAGGAUUGAGGAAGAGGCUUUCAUCAUCCGUCAGGAGAUGAGCGCCCAGAAAGAGACGCUCUGUACUUUUCUGCUGAUGGACCCACAAAGGAGGACAAGGACCAUGAGCUCCUCUGUGGAGGAGCCCCAGAAGAAAGUGAAAGCAGAGACGUUGAACACAAGGAAGGGUUUCCAUGACCACAACACAGCAGUGGUGGGAAAGAACACCCAGAAAGCCAUGGAGACCCAGGAGAUGGAGAUGGUGGAGUUUCUGGAGCUGAAGAGUGAGCUGCUGAACAGACUUGAGGAAGAGACCACCUCCAUCCGUCAGAUGAUGAAAGUCCAGAAAGACGUAUUCUACACUGUGCUGCAGAUGGAGCCAGAGAGAAGGAGCAGGGCCAUUGAGAUUCUCCAGAGGAUGAGCUGCUCUGUGGAAGAUGGAAAAAGCUUCAUGAAGAACUUUGAAAAAGCUACAUGGAGCCAGACAGAGAGAGAAAGGAAGAAGCUACAGAGGACUGCAGAAGAUAAUGAAGGAGCAGCCUGUAGAAAGAACGUAAGGAUCCUUAAACAGAAAAGAGAUGUGGUUUCAGAGAUGAAGAACCACCAAGUGGAGGAGUUACAGAAGGAGGUGGAGAGGUUGACGACAGAGAAUGAAAAGCUGAGGAAAGCUUUGAGAAAAGAGAGAGAGGGAGGGCUGAGACCUGAGGAGAGUUUGAGAAAAGAGAAAGAGGGAAGGCUGAGAGCUGAGGAGAGUUUGAGAAAAGAGAAAGAGGGAAGGCUGAGAGCUGAGGAGGGAGGAGAAAAGAGUGAUGGAAAGGAAGAAGGAGAACAUCCCAACAGAACAGCAGAAGAAUGA